AUCAUGCAGUACGGCACCUUGGCUGCUUGUGUGGCUACCCCAUACAUUGGUGGAUUUCUCGGUGCUGCGGUUGUGAAGCGUAAUAUGGAGUGGUAUCACGGUCUAAAGCGACCUGCCCAUGCGCCGCCUGAAUGGGUAUUUGCUCCGGCAUGGAGUAUUCUCUACGGGUGCAUGGGUACCGCAUCGUAUCUCGUACUCAAGGAGGCUGGGCAGCAAGAUGUGCGCAUUCCGAUAGCUGUUUACGGCGCCAAUCUCCUUCUAAAUUUCUCGUGGACGCCUGUCUUCUUCGGGUUGCACCGCCUUAAGGCUUCCGUCGCAAUCAUUGUCGGCACGACAGUCACUGCCCUCGGUUGCCACUACCUAUUUACCAAGGUCAAUGCCACCGCCGGCCUGCUGAUGUUGCCCUAUGUUCUGUGGUUGAUGUUCGCCGCUUCAGUCAACAUCGGCACGGCUCGACUCAAUUUGCCGCCUGCGGAGGAGAAGGAGGACGAGGAGAAGAAGAAGUCCUCGUAG